AUGCGUUUUCGGCUGCGACCGAUGCCUGACGGAGUUGGUGGGCGAGGGUUUAGCACAGUGCUACAGAUCACUGACCUGCUGGAGAACAUUACCAAGCAUGUUCUGCGGCCGAAGCUGAGUAUGCUAACUGCUGAGCAGAAGCAACAACUUGCAAACAAGUACAAGUUGGAAGACAAAAAGGGGAAAUGCAUUACGCCUGGAAUAGUGCAGGGCCUGUCGGCUACACCCAUACCUAAAAACACUUUAUUUUAA